CUUGUUUUCUGGGAACAUUUCGUCUGUGUUGGGCGUUCAACAAUAAAUUAAAGAACAGACCACGACAUGUUUGCUCACGUGAUCAUCACGYUGUUAUCAUGCGUCACCCACGUGACCAGUGAAUUCCAAUGUCAAGGCACCUGCUAUUCGGGAUCUUUCCCAAAGAACAACCAAGUCAUCAAGGGAAAACAUCUCAGAGGAUACUCCUACAAGAACAUUACCACUGAUGUUCCACACACGUGCUUCUCGUCAUGUAUCAAUGAUUGUCGUUGUAAGGCGUUCCAGAUGAAAGAUGUCAGGUGUGAGUUGCUGGAUGAGGACAAGACUUCCAAGGCAGCAGACUUUGUAGAUGAGACAGGAUACGUGUACUAUGAUCUACAGCAGACACUCUAUAAAGGGAACCCUUCAUCAUUCGUCAUCCCCAACGAUUGUAGCAACGGAUGUUGUCAAAAUCAGCCUUGCUUGAACGGAGGAACAUGUAAAGAGAAGUGUCAACAUCCAAGAACAAAGUUUAACUGUAAAUGUACGACUCAAUAUCACGGACGAGUGUGCGAAAAAAAAGUGGCAUCUUGUUGGGAUAUUUUGAAGAGUGCACCAGAGGGACCAAGGCCUGAUAAAGGAGUGUACAACAUUACACUGACUAACACCAAUAUUACUGUGCCUGUCUAUUGCUUGUUUGAUCAAAAACUUGUCUGGACUCUUAUCGAGUCCUUUUCACUAGAGAAUUUACAGCUAUAUGUGGAAAAAGCAUUUCACCAGGAUUUUUCUAGAAACGUCGAUGCUCCGGACAAAUGGAAAGACUAUCGUCUGUCGUUAGACAUGAUGAAGUACAUACGAUCCAAGGCCGUCAUGUUCAGGGCAACUUGUGAAUAUCCAAACCGCCCUUCAAACCAUCUUCUCACUGAUUCUCUUCUUGGAUAUCUGAGUGACUACGACCUCAUCAAUGGUGGUGAUGUCGAAGGAAAAUGUUUCAAGUUUGCAUACAUCAACAUCAGAGGGCAGGAAUUCUUUAACAUAACAACAGCUGUGUGGCACAAGUUGAAUACCCAUCAGAUUCACCUUGACUGUCAUGCUGCUCCAUGUGGAAAUUUGAAACUUAUCGAUAGUGUUGCAGAAGAUGACUGCUUUGGUAAAUACAAUCCAAUAAGGCGAGAGCUGUCAAAAUGCACUGCAACACAACAGUCUACCACACAGUGGUGGUUAGGAGAACAGCAAUAGGGUGACCACACAGCACAUCUACUGACCUUGGGAUAUGGGAACUUGUUACUAUGGUAACACUAACCCAGUAUUCAAAUACACUGCAAGAUGAAUUUCCGCAUUUUUGUUGUUGCUAGUUUUUGAUUUUUUAGUUGGAAUAUGGAAAGUGAACAUUAUACAGAUAUUACAGAGGUCCAUGUACACGUGUAAUGCACUUUUGGGGACGAAAACUAGCCUCGUUUUGAUUCUUAUAAGCACUAUUCUUCUUACCAUAUUUGUCAUGACUGUCUACAAUUUGAGCGGUCGUGUCGUAUCGGCUAUCUUUACUGGUCCCACGGGUGCGAGUAUAUAAUUAACCUAUCUGAUCAUUUCUCUUUCUAUUAAAUCCAUCACAGUCAUUGGAUGACUAUGAUUCUUCAACUAUUAGUGAACAAUGCAGGUAUAAGCGCCUCUAAGAACGUCCAAAAAUUGCACUUGUCAACUAUGAUUCCCAUCAAAAUAUUUCAAAAUCUAUCCAAUAAACUUUGCUUCAUAUUUUGAUAUAUAAUAACGAGCAUCGCAUUUACCAAAAUUCUGAAAUGAAUAAUGGGGGUCACCAUUCUCGUUUUUCAUCUAUCUUGAAAAAACAUCUCAAAAUAGCCGCAAACUGACAAUUUUCCAAGUGGAAACUGGUGCGAGUCAGGUAAAAAUGGCAAUUUCUCUACUCAAAAAAGAGAAAAAAGUAAAAAAUGGGUUUUGAGCAUGUUUCUUAUUUAGUUUUCGAAAGAAAAAUGCCUAAGCUUUGUUAGUUCCAUGCUUUUAGUUGAAUGCGCAGAAAAUGUUCAGUGCAAAACAAGGGAAUUACCUUAAGAAAUGAAACCAGGGAGCUCGCUUACAAUCUAAGAAUAGGAAGGACAAUCCUUACCUUUUCUAUAAUCGCAGUGUAUGUAGAACAAAACGAAGCCAGGACUUUUUCAUGUUCAAAUAUUUCUAACUAAUAUUUGUCGACUGUCUUGGUUCUUAGUCAGAUACUUCGAGACAUUUUAAUAUGUUGUACGUAAACAUAUACGUUUUGCUUUAGAUAUACUAUAUUUUAUGCACAUUUUGUCCAUUUUUUAGAGAUUAUUAGCUUUAUUAUU